UUUAAAACGAUCAACAGCGAACAAUUCAUUCUCAGCGCGAAAUCAAUGACAGCAGGGCAAUGCAAAUCUAGGCAGUGACCAGUGAUCAGAUUAGUAGAGAUGGAUGCCUUCAAGCUCCUCACCCGGUCGACAAAACUUAAACCGGGUCCCGUUUCCAGAGAGCAGGCGAUAUCAAACUUUUUACCGUCAGCCGGCGAAGCUGAAUCCCCACAGCUAUUUUCUCGUCGCCAUGGACUCGACGCCGCAGAAGCUUACGACGAACAGAGUGAAUCCAAAGGGAGGAAACGAAAGAGAGGAUUAGAUGGGAAUGAAGCCUCCGCAGAUUCUACGGCUGUGACUCUUGACUUUUUUGGCUCUGGACCUUCAGCUCUUGGAUUCUCUAGCAGCGAUGCGAAAACAGCAAGGCGAAAGCAAAAUGAGGAUGAUGAACAGAAGGGAGAUGUUGCAGGUGGAAUUGCUACAAAAGAAGCCCCACUGAGUGAGGAGGAACGGAAAGCGAUCUUAACGGCGCACAAGAUCAAAGUAACAGACCUUCGAACACCACCCCCUGUGGCUGUGGAAAAUGAAAAAAAGUCGAAGAAACGGAAAAAGAAGCAAAAGGACGAACAACCUCCCGUUGUUCUGAGCCGAAAACAGCAGAGGAAGGCUCAGAGGAUGUAUCCCCAACCACUGGUAUCAUUCCAGCAGUUGAGAACAAGAUAUCAGAUUUCUCGGCGGCUGUCAGAAAACAUUGUCAACCAAGGAUACAGCGUGCCUACUGAGGUCCAGCUCGGAGCACUUCCAUUGUUACUUGGGGAUUGUCAAAGCGCAAGUGAGCGAAACCAAGAGAACGGGGUCCAGUCAGUCCAACCCGCGCUUGAACCGGAUCUAUUGGUCGUUGCACCUACUGGCAGUGGAAAAACACUAGCGUUCAUGAUUCCGCUCAUCAAUAAAAUAAUGCGACAUCACCACCAAGACAAAUCCCAGUCGAGGGAGUUGUUUGCAAUCAUCUUGGCUCCGACAAAGGAGCUUGUCUCUCAGAUUGUAAACGAGGGCAGAAAGCUCAUGGUGGGCACUGGUGUUAAAAUCACAGCCAUGCGGAAGGGAAUGCGAGUUGUGGAGGAUACGGAAGGGGAAGAAGAAGCUCCUUCGGGUGAGGAAAGCGGGAGCUCCGAAGACGAAGAUGAUGAAGCCAGAAAGAUAAAGCGACCUAGAGGAAAGGCCCCUAUCACAAAAAGCGAUAUUCUGGUCUCAACUCCCCUGUUACUUGCAAAUUCUCUUUCCGGUAACAAAAAACACUCUACCGCCACUCUACCAACAGUACGAAGCGUUGUACUUGAUGAGGCCGACGUACUCCUAGACCCUCUGUUCCGUGACCAAACCCUAAAUGUAUGGAGCGCGUGCACCAAUGCCCAACUUAGAGUUGGGCUAUGGUCCGCGACAAUGGGGUCUAGCAUCGAAGAGCUUGCCAAGUCCACUAUUGGCGAACGCCAGCAAUCACUAGGACUACGCUCUGAAUCGUUUCUGGUCCGCCUGGUUGUUGGACUGAAAGAUACCGCCAUCCCCAACAUCUCCCACAAACUUGUCUACGCGGCGACUGAACAAGGGAAGCUUCUGGGACUACGACAACUUCUACAUCCCAAGGGCGGAGGUUCCACCUCAGACACUCAUCUACGACCUCCGUUCUUGGUCUUCACGCAAACCAUUUCAAGAGCUGUGGCACUACACUCCGAAUUGAAGUACGAUAUCCCUGCUGAAGCCGGCGGUUCUUCACGCAUCGCCGUUCUACAUUCUGAACUCUCUGACUCGCAACGAUCUGACGUCAUGGCGGGCUUCCGCAAAGGCGAAAUAUGGAUCCUCAUCACAACCGAUCUGCUCUCGCGCGGGGUGGAUUUCCGCGGGAUCAACGGCGUUGUGAACUAUGACAUUCCCAAUUCUAGCGCCUCCUAUGUCCAUCGCGUAGGCAGGACAGGACGAGCUGGACGUGAGGGUGGAGUAGCGGUUACUUUCUACACGAAAGAGGACAUCCCUUAUGUGAAAAAUAUCGCGAAUGUUAUCGCUGCCAGUGAGAAAUUACGGGGAGUUUCUGAAGAUAAAGGGAUCCAGAAAUGGUUACUAGAUGCAUUACCUAAUCUGUCCAAGAAGGACAAGAAGGAUCUAAAGCAACAUGGUGUACGGGUCAGGCGGCCGAUGACGAAGAAGGGGGAGCAGGAUGAUAAGGACCGGAGAAGAACGCGGAUCAGUACGAAGAGUGGAUUUGAGCGGCGAAAGGAACAUAACCGGAGAGAUGCAGCUAAGGCCAGCAAACGGCGGAAGUAUGAAGGGCAGGCAGACGAGGGAGGAAAUGCAAGCGAUAACGGGUCGUGGGGUGGAAUCGAAGACUAAGCAAGCAUUUUGAAUAUAUGUAUAUGACAUAUAUGCCUAUAACCGGACGCCUAGGACUGAAAAACUCCAUAGCUCCUAUAAAUCGAACCGAAACUCUCACACCUUCAGCCUUCUUCUCCCUGCUUCUCUUCCUUCGGGUUCAACAACCGCCUCUCCAAACUAAUCUCCACAACUUUCUUCUUUCCCCCAACCCUCCACUUCAACUCAUCCCCCCUUCGCAUCAAAGUACACUGCCCAAACCCCCUCCUCUUCCUCCACAGCUACAAAUCCCUCGAUAUCCUGCACCGUUACCCCAACCUGAUCCUCCGUCCAAUCCCAGGGCCCGACAAGGUGCUCGCGACUCUGCGUCCGAUUUCCAUAUCUCAGCUCAAAUGUAUUUUUAUCCAUAUAGAUCCAAUUGAGCAUCGGCGGGUCGACGGAGACGGUGCUGACGAGGCCGAGGGUUGGUUCACGCUCCUCGUCUGGGUAGCUGAUAUAGAAGGCUUCGGCUGUGUGGCUGGGGAUGGAGCGCGAGUCAGACGCCGCAGAAUCAAGGUAGACCUGAUUUUUUUUUUCUAUUAGUUUUAUAGCGCUCGUUUUUCUCUAGGUCCCGUUGAGAGGUAAUGUUAUCCCUUAAUACUACCCUCCGACCAUGUAACUGCCUCGCCUCUUCGGAAUUCGCCUCACAGAAAACAUCGAUGUAAAAUUUCUCCAGGCGCUUUUCCUCUGAUUUGCGCUUAUUUGCUUUCUUCUACUCGCUCACUCCUUCGCAAACGCCGAUGACGGUUGGGAUAGAUGCUAUUGUGAGGAGGCCUAUAACCAUAACUGCGUGUUUUGCGUAUGAUUUGAUCCGGUGGAAGCUAUUGAAGUUAUGGUGUUACAAUAUCUAUUUGAUAAGCCAAUAUAUACGAAAUAGUUAUAUUAUAUCUAAUUGAUUGAUUUAAUAUCUGUGAAAUAUAAAUUUCCGAGCGAUCUAAC